AUGGUUUCUUCACCUCCGAGAUAUUGUGUCGAAAAGGCGGCGGUUUUUAUUGAACUUUAAUGGAAUUUUAAUAAAAUCUGAUUAAAUACCUGGUGCCUCCAGAAGAGGCGCUUUUUACCGUGUUUUUUUCACGUCCUGGUGCUUUCUUGAUGAACACGCGCUUCUCGGUGAUGAUGCUACGUAAUGUCGGAUUCACGGGUUUCCCAAAAAGUUCGGGACCGUCCUUAUUGACGUUUCGCGAAGUGGUUUUUCCGUUGGAUUUUCCAUAAUCAAGAGCACGUCCAUCAUCACAUAUUGGCUUAUGUUUCUUAGAAUCUCCCACUUAUCCGGCCGUUCCAGAAGGAGCAGACGGUCCAAGAAAAAUCGGAUAUGCUGGAAGUUGGCUUGAGAGUAGUCCGGGGCAAGGAUUGGAAAUGGGGCGACCAGGACGGAGGCGAAGGUCACGCUGGGACAGUGGUUGAAAUUGGAAAACCCUAUGAUGCAAAUAGUGCAGGCUCGGUCCCGGUUACUGGCGACAAGACACCAGACAAAACGGUCAUUGUCCAGUGGGACCAUGGUCCAAGGAGCAAUUAUCGAGUCGGAUACCAUGACUCUUAUGACUUGCUCCUUUACGACAAUGCACCAAUCGGCGUCAAACAUCCGAACAUAAUUUGCGACGGAUGCAAGAGACACGGCAUUUUUGGAAUAAGGUGGAAGUGUGCACAGUGUUCCGAUUACGAUCUCUGCACUCAGUGUUACAUGGCGGAUGAGCACGAUUUAAGUCACACGUUUCAAAGAUUCCAAACUACCAACUCUGCUGGGGUUCAGCUAACUCCGAGAGAAGGUUGCACAAAGGUGAUGCUGAAGGGAAUUUUUAUUGGUGCGAAAGUAACUCGAGGAACGGACUGGGAAUGGGGAAAUCAAGACGGAGGACGAGGGAAGACUGGCAGAGUGAUGGACAUCCGAGGGUGGGAUAAUGAAAGUAGUAGAUCCGUGGCGACCGUAUCGUGGUCAACAGGAACAACGAAUGUAUAUCGAGUUGGAUACAAAGGAUGUGUGGAUCUUUGUUACGUCGAGGAAGCAAACGCUGGUACUUAUUACAAGGAACAUUUGCCACUUUUGGGACAGCCAGUUGCCACUGUUACUUGUAGCGUGAGUAAUUCUGUUUCGAAUGGCGAAGCAGCUUCCGCGGAUGAUCCUGGACCGAGGCAUUUGACUUUCCAUGUGGGCGACAAAGUCAAAGUAAUGAAGGAUAUCAAUACUCUUAAAGAAAUGCAAGAAGGCCAUGGUGGUUGGAAUCCACGCAUGGCUGAUUAUAUAGGAAAGGUUGGAACAGUGCAUCGCAUCACCGAUAAAGGUGAUAUCCGAGUUCAAUACGAGGGCUGUAACAAUAGAUGGACAUUCCAUCCAGCUGCCUUGACAAAAGUUAUGACUAGGGAUAAUUUCUCUGUCGGUGAUAUAGUUAGAAUAAAAAGUGAUUUGGUAGCCGUAAGAAAUUUUCAGCGCGGCCACGGAGAGUGGAUAGAUGUAAUGAGGACUGCGCUUGGUAAAACCGGUAAAGUUAUAAAAAUUUACCCUGAUGGCGAUAUGAGGGUAGCAUUAGAAGGGCACAUUUGGACCUUUAAUCCCAUGAGUGUAACUCUGGUUACUUCGAAUUCAGAAGUAGGAAGUGGAGCUGCGGCUGAUGAAAAUCGAGAGAGAGUUUCCAAUGACGAAUCUGACAGUGAUGUCGAGAAAUUAUUACGGGAGACAGUCAGAGGAGAAUCGCCGGUAGCUGCUGUUCGCGAAUUUUUGCGAAAGCACCCUGACAGGGUGGACGCGCGAGCAGGCGGUCCGGGUGGAGGAAAAAAGACUUGUUUGCAAGUGGCUGCUCAUCAGGGUCAGCGGGAAUUGUGCAUUCUUCUCUUGGAUGCUGGUGCUUCCCUUCACGCCGCUGACGAAGAUGGAGACACGCCUCUGCAUUAUGCAGCUUUUGGUGAUCAGCCGGAAAUAAUGGAAUUGCUCCUGGCUCGAGGUGCGCCUAUAAAUGUGGUAAAUAAUGGAAAAUGUAGUUCUCUGCAUGUGGCAGUGAACAAACAACAGGCACAAUGCGUUCACACUUUAUUGCGACAUGGCUGUGAUGUAAAUCUUCAAGAUUCGUACGGAGAUACCGCAUUGCACGACGCAAUUGGAAAGGAUGCGCUUGAUAUUAUAGAUGCUCUCUGUGCCUGUGAGAGAUUGGAUUUCACGCUUCGAAAUAAGCGGGGAUUUAAUGUUUUGCACCAUGCGGCACUUAAGGGAAAUGCCUAUGCCACGGGGAAAGUAGUGGCGAGAGCUCAGCAUCUGGUGAACGUGAAAAAGGACGACGGUUUUGCAGCGUUGCACCUUGCGGCCUUGAACGGACACCGGGAAGUUUCGGCGAUCCUUCUUUCGCCAACAGGUGGUCGAGCCAAUGUCGAUUUGCGGAAUAAUCGACGGCAAACGCCUCUGCAUUUGGCGACUUCUCAGGGUCAUUGGGCUGUUGCGGAGCUUCUCGUUAGCCACAAAGCAGACAUCGCAAGUACUGAUGAAGACGGAGACACGGCAUUGCAUAUCGCUAUCAAGAAAAGUAGGAAUCAACCGACGGCUGUCACUCCGGAAACCUCUAGGGAUUCGCCUUUAACUUAUGUGAUUUGGUUAAAUUUGGCGAGGCAAGGGGCUAAAACUGAACUCGCCUUAGCUUGCUAUCUCAUCAGCCAGGACAGAUCUGGCGCCGUAUUAGAACAUGCAAAAAAUUCCAAGGGAAAAACUCCUCUAGAUCUUCUUCCAGCUGAUUCGGAUACUGCAACUCUAAGGGAUGUUUUGCGGUCUUAUUACAGCCAAAGGAAUAGUUUAAAUCUCCAAUCAAACCUAGAGAAUAGUUCAGCGGGACGUAGCGAGGAACCGCCGACGAAUAACUUUGACACUAUAACUGAACCCGAAGACUCCAGGAAAGUCUCUCGCGGCUCUGGUGACGCCGACGAGUGCCGAAGUUGUAGAGGCACUCCAAAACGAACCGCUUCAGGAGCUAGUGUUACAAUUAGAGCGGAGGGCGAAGCCGAGGAGAUCACAAAGGACGAGAACCAAGGUAGGAAUCUGGAAAUAGAGAAAAAGGAGGAAGAGUUGAAGGAAAGUCGAGAAAAAGACAAGGACCUUGAGCGCCUGCGGUACUUAGAAACUAGAGUAGCUGACCUCGAAGAGGCCCACAUGUGCAGUAUUUGCAUGGAGCGUCGACGCAACGUAGCUUUUUUAUGUGGCCACGGUGCCUGCGAGCACUGUGCAGCGCCCUUAAAAACCUGCCACAUGUGUCGACAAACUAUUACCAAAAAAAUAAAUCUGUACUAAUAAUAUUAAUAAUAAUAAUUAGUCAGAUAAAAAGAAAAAUUCGGACUUUGGCGGCUAUUGAAAAAUCCGCAAAGAAAUCUCUCAUCUGCCAAAUAUAUUUACGUCGUCGUCGUCGUCGCGUCACGAGUUUGUUAUUUAUGUACCACAUCGUGCCAUAAUGCAAAUUAGAAAAGUCUGUACGAUAAAUGCCUUCUUUUUUUUAUUUGUUUUUUUAUAUAUUAGUGAUGCUUUUUUAAUAUUACUAAGUAAUUGUUUUGAAAAUAUUGAGCCAGCGCUUUCGCCCGCGUAUUCCCGUCCAAUUUCCCAUAGUUUGAGACGUUUUUUUAUAUUACUUUAUCCUGGAGGUGAAGCUACUCGACUGAACUUUGUACGAAAAAAAAUCGACAAACAAACGAAACUAAAAAAAAAACGAGUGUAUAUACUUUUUUUAAAGGAUUUUUAUAGGUAGGUUCUUUCUCUGUAAUUCGCGAUGUGCGUGUAACUUAAUACAGAGUGUCUACUCAAAUGCUGGAAAAAAAUUUCCCGACAAUUCCAGGGUUUUUUUAGAUAGUUCAUUAUUUAAUUUGAUUAAAACUGCUUUAAAUACCUAUCUUUUCAAGUAAGAUAAUUGAAUUUUCAUUAAGAUAGGUGAAUUUUGCAAUAAAUUAUUGCAUUUUCAAGGAAAAAGAUUAUAACUUUCAAUAAAAAAAGACGACUUUUCA